AUGAACCCGGCAAAAUUACUAAGAACAGACUGUCCGGCACUUUACGCUGCUUUUGUUGUCUCCCCAAUAGUCGGGUAUGUCCCACAAAUACUUGCAAGGGAUAUUCUUCUUUCCCCACUUAUUUCGACAUUCUUCAUAAUGACAAACAUACUCAAGAUAUUUCAUUACAGCUUUGAGAGAUACUCACAAUUUCUCUUGGCACAAUAUGUUUUCACCAUCAUACUGCAUGUCUUCCUUAUAGCUAUAAAUAAGAGGCCUUUAAGUACAUAUGAGGCAAAGAUACUUGGAAAUAGAACUAUGAGGGUGAUCUACAGAAGAUAUGGCCCAAAAGGAAGUGUUUUGGGAAUAAUAUGUGUUUUUGUUUUCUCCAUAAAUCUAUACGGGACUCUCUAUGGAUCUUACGAGCAUUGUGGAAGGUUUUCAUCGGUUCUUGAAAUAGCUGUUAAUCUUUUUCAGCUUGUACUGGAAAGAGAAGAAAAGACUUUUGAGUCUCCAAAGAAAGAGACUAAAAGAUCACCGAAAGAAGUAUAUUUUUGUUGGAUAAUAGGCGAUGUGAUAAAGAUAUGGCUUAUGUCAAGCAUAAAAGCACCUAUAGUCUUUGUUGGAACAAUAGCGAUUCAAAUCUUCAUCAAUCUCUUUCUGAUUCUUUCCUGA